AUGACCCACAAAGACGUAAUACAAGAACCAAAUACUUUUAUUCCCUUUGAAGUUGUAGCCGUUCAUAAUAAUGCUUCACCCACUGAGCGAAAUACUACUAACAGUUUACUGACACCAGUAAAUGUAAAGAUUAGAAUUAAAAACAAGGAUCAACUUUUAAAAGGAAAACAUGGAGUGAUAUCCGUUCCAAAGUUUAACGUUAACAGUUGGCCAAAAAAAUUACGACUUGUUAGCAGCGAUCAAACUAUUAUGUCUUUCGAUCUUGUCAUGGAGCCGAAUAAAGAUGAACGAGGCAGAAAAUCUCACAGAGGACUAUUACAAAUGUUUAGACCUGGAGGAUGUCUCAGCAUUCAUAACGAUGAAGAAGAAUACUCCUAUAUGCCGAGCACAUCUAACGAGUUAAAUAGAAGUUCAUCUGGACAAGAAGACGCCCAUGUUAAAACUACAAACGAGGGAUUUUCCUUAAAGAAAAAUGUUUUUUCUCCCUCCUAUACGAACACAUUUAAAACACCUAAGCCAUUUUUGGGUAAAUGCAAACCUGGUGGCUGUCUUGAUCCACCGUUUGGUGAGGAUAAGUACAUUUACAAACCCGCGUUUGAAGACAAUCAAAUUGCAGAGAAAUCUCCACAGACAAAUGACAUAAAUAAAAUUCUAUUAGAUUCAGGUAAAAAUAAAGCGGAAGUAGGAUUAAAAAAACAAACUUUGGAUCAAGAACGUGAAGAUUUUUAUGAAUCUUGCACCGAUUUGACCGAGAAUAUUGAAGAUUCAGAACCUCUUGUUACUUACCCUUUACCAGUGUCAUCUAGUUAUAUCAAAAACAGAGAUAGUCAAAGUAAAAAGGAUAGAUCUAGAGUUAACUCUGAACAAACUUCCCGAAAAUUAACCGAUGAUUUUCCUGUUUCCUAUUUUAUGCCUCCGAGAAAAGAGAAAACAAAGCAAUUUAAGAGCUAUGAUGAUUACAAUGACAAAGACAGUAAGGUAAAAGAGGCAUAUAUUAAUAAUGAGUAUGCAAUUCAAAGUCAAACACCAAGUGAAAUGUUAUCUGAUUCAUUGACAACAACAUCCCCAUCAUGUGAUGAACCUUCCCAAGACGUAAUUCAAGAACAAGAAACUCCUGUGAAAUCGAUUCUUUCAUCGAGAAAUGAAGAGUUUUCUAAGAAACCAGUCAAAUCUGAAGGUUUAGAUUAUAAUCCUGAUAUCAAAAUUUUAAGAGAAGGUGAGGAAAUAUUUUCACAAGAACAAAUAACUGCAACAGAUAAAUCCGGGAUACGAAAUCAGAAUAUUGUGUCUAAGUUGCCAGAAAGUCAUAUUGAUACACCGAGUCAAUCAGUCAAAAUGAAUUUAAUACAAAAGAUGGAAGUAGAAAACAUUUUCGGUGAGAACAAAGUUAUAGAACCAGAAGAAAACAACCGACCAAGUUCAGCUAAAUUGAGAGGUGAAAAAUUAAUAAAAAACUCACUUUCUGAAUUGAACUAUCAUUUGAAUAAUUUAGAAAUAAAUAGUAUUGCUGACAAACCUGUGGAAGAAGAAACUAGUUUGCACAACGGAAUGAAUAAUCUUUUAGACCCAAAUAAAAUUGAGACAUUUAUGAAGGACUCCUUGAAAUAUGAAACUUCAAAAUAUCCUGGGGUAACCGUUGAGAAGCAUGAUUCAAAAAAACUUAGCAAGUCUAAUUUAAAAGUCAGCCAUGGGGAAUCAAAUAAAACAUCAAUAAUUGACGAUCUAAGUAAAAUUUUAACAAACUCAAAAAAUGAAAUCAUAGGUGAUAAAGAUAUCAAAAUAGAAAAUCAAGUACUUGAUGGAGUUAAAAAUAUUUUAGAUCCAACGGAAAAAGAAACGUUUGAAAAAGAUUCUCUUAGAAAUGAAGAUUUAAGAAGUUCUAAGGAAAUAAUUACAAAUGAUGACACAAUACAAGUAAGCAAAUCUAAUGUAAAGUUAAGCGAAGAAAAAUUACCUGAAAUGUCGAUGGAUCAAUUUGACAGUUUUCCAAAACAUCCAAAAUAUGAAAGUAACACUGACAUAAACAUUGAAAGAAAAUCUCAAUUGUCUAAUGAAACGAGUACCUUUUUAGAAUCAAUGCAAAAUAAGGAACGUGAAAAAAACGCUUUGAAAUAUGAUGCUGUAAUAGAUUCUGGCCCAACAAUAACAAAUGAAGACUCUAUACCAAUUAACAAAACUGAUCUACAGUUGAGCCAGGAGGAAAUAACAAAAAUUUCAGUUGACCAAUUAAGCAGGCUCAUUAACCAGGCAGAAAAUGAAAUUAUUUCUGACACAAAUGCUAAAAGUGAUAUCCGAUUGACUCAUGAAUUGAGUGAUAUAUUUUACCCGGAAACUAAAGAUGUAUUUGAAAAAGAUUCUAUAAAAAGCAAAGAUAUAAAAGAUUCAAGCAAAAUAUCUGUAAAAACUAGCAACGAGGUCGAUAUUGAUAAUAUUAGAAAUGAAAUUUCAUUGCAAAAUAAAUCAUUGGAUUCUAAAGGUGGUUCUGAAGUAAAUUUAAAGGAACCGAUUGAGAACUUGACCGAAACAAUAACAUUGUCAACAGAAAAACCAGAAUUACAGAAUAAAUCAAGUGUGAAUGAAAAUUUUGACAAACAUUCUGAAAGUUCCAAUAAAAUAAAUAAUAAUAUCUCGGAUAUUGCAAUUAAAUCAUUAUCAUCUAAAAUAUCACUUAAUGAGGUGAACUCUCUGAAAACUGCUGACUUAAAUUUAGAAAAUCUUAGUAAGCCAGGCUCAAAAGCUAUCGUAUCUGAAAAACCAUUAAGUGCUAGUUCUGAUGAUUUGAAAGAAAUGUCUAUUGAAAAUAAAGCAUCAACAUUUAAAGAGUUACCAACAAGCACUUUUGCUCCUAAAAGUAUUUCAAAAUCUUAUGAAGAAAAUCAAAAUACAAAUGGAAGUCUUCGUGACAUAUCAUUAAAACAAGAAAUAAUAGAAUCUGAUCUUCAUCAUUCUAGAGAUAGUCAAUUAAGUCUUUUGAAAGAGCUCAGUUCUUUACCACAAAUCUCAAAAUCAGAAGGUAUACCGAACGACAGUAUUCAAGAUCAAAAUACAUUUGACAAUUCCUCCCAUGUAUUUACUGAUUCUAAUAUUUUACGAACGGGCCAAGACUUAAAUAAUAUUCGAACAAAAAUAAAAGACGGCGAUAAUGAAGCCAUUGAUUUAAAACAAAAUAUCUUGCUUCAUAAAGGUCUCAGCAAUAAUUUGUAUGAAUGGACAACGAAUGAUGACAAGUCCAUUCGAGCUAUUAAACACUCUGAUAAUAUAAUGCUUGAGGAAAAUAUAAAUAAAAAUGUCACUCGCCUAAGUUCUCUAUCUCAAAAGAAGGACAGUUUAAAUACAUCUCAAACCAAUGAUUUCAUUAAAGACAGCACUCAAUUAGAUAAAGAACCGAAAGAAACAAUUGAUCAUGAAUUAAUGUCCCUCCAAUCUGGUAAUAGGGACCAGAGUAUUAGUAAAAAAUAUUCAAAACCACAAGCUAAAGGUUCGUCAAACGAUACAAAAGACUCUUCUAUAUUCAUUAAUUUUGCCUUCCACUCGUUAGCAAACGAUUUUGGCUACACCAUUACAACAUUAGAUCCCACGAUAGAUUUAACUGUUUACCCACAAAAUAAAAUAACUACUAUUAAAACUGCUCUUAAAGAAAAUGAUAAAGAAAUUAAAAUAAGGAUGGAUUCCGAAACCGAUAUGGUAAUUCAAAUAAAACGGAACAAUAAGCACAACGAAGGCUCUACAAGCAUUGCAUCUAAAGAGGAAAGGAAUUUGGUGCGUGGAUACUGCUCAGAAACAAUAAUCAAUAAGGAUCGGUUAUUAAAAAAUACUCUUAAAACUGUUUAUGAUACGUUGGUGCCAAUAGAAAAAAUUAUCACCAAUCUUAAGGAAGAAGCAGAAGUACUAUAUCAGGAACAAUUAUUACUGAAAAAAAUUUUGUCAUCGAGGGAAGUAAAGGCUAAAAGACUUAUCCGCACUAACGAAAAUUGUAGCUGCCUAGAAAAGGAGAUGGGAAUCAUCUAA